UACAGCGAGGACAGAGAGAGGAGGAGGAGGAGAGAGCCGCGGUUACUGCGUACAGUGAGCUCCGCUCUGCUCCGCUCAUCAGUGAAGACAAAACAAGUCUGAAACCCCCCCUGAAAUUGUGACUCGACGGGAAAAGAAGCGUUAAAAUAUGCUCAGCUGACUGGUUUUCUGCGGGAGAAGUGGAUCUCUUUACAACACCAUCUGAAGACAGAUCGGCGGAGGAUCGGCGCGUCGGCGGAGGAGAAGGACCGUACAGAGAAACGUGGUACUAACACCAGCCUGUUCUCGGGCUGUGAAGAAACUGUGUUUUUAAAACAUUUAAAAGAAACAGAAUUAAUCACUGCGGAUGUAUAAGGACUUGUUCCUGACACCACGGACUGUGGCUGAACUGUGAACUAAAGGACAGGGGGUUAAAGUUGUCACAGGAGGAAUAAUAGACGCACCCUGCAAACAAGAGGAUCCGCAUCUCAAUCAUUUGCGCUUUUACAUGGGAGACGCGAGGAUUUGUGGACAAAGUAGAAACCUGUUCAUAGUUUUGCCUGCUUGAAAGCGAACACACAAGAAAGGACGUUUUUUUUCUGGCAGUUGAUACUGUAUUUUUUUUUUAUAUUUUAUUUCCUCUAUCUGGGAUGGUUAAAAUGAGCAAGAGAGCGGAUUUACAUGACCGGGACAAGUUGUGAUUUUUUUUUUUUAUCACAUCACCUUCAACACAAGAAGCUGUUUGCUUUUAAAGACAAAUACAAACCAGACUGCAAAACCAAAGACAUCGAUGUGCUUAAGGAUCCAAGAGCCCUUACUUUGAUUUCAUUUCUUCUUUCUUCGAUAUAACUGAGAAGAGAAAUACCUCAUAAUUUAUUAUACCUGGAAAGUCAAAGCCCAUUUGAAGCCCCCCUCCAAAGGAAAGUUAAACAUUUUCUUUUGUGUCAAGACUGUGGCGUUUGCCUCUCUUUCCUCUCAAUAUUUCAUAAACAAAGCAACAACAACAACAACAAAAAAGGAAUAACACCUGAAUAGUUCCCCGCACUAUCUUUUAUUUUUUCCUCUCCAAAUAAUGAGGAUUGAGACGAUAUAAAAACCUGUUUCACAAACUAUUCGGUGUGGAUUAUCACCGCUACAAUUACCUCAGUUUGACCUCGACCUUCACAAAGUAGCAGAGUGCAGAAGGUUGGAACAAUGCCAGAUUCACCUGCGGAUGUGAAAACCCAGCCCAGGUCCACCCCACCCACCAUGCCUCCUCCACCCCCGGCGGUCAGCCAAGCAACCAAUCGCAAUGCUUCAUUCACCCCCGCUACCAGUAAAUCAAUGCUGAAUGGGAGCAGCCACUCUCCUACAUCGCUGAACGGUGCUCCCUCCACUCCUAACGGCUUCAGUAAUGGGCCGGCCAUGUCGUCGACGGCCUCGCUUUCCAACCAGCAGCUCCCGCCGGCUUGUGGUGCCCGGCAACUUUGCAAGCUGAAGCGCUUCCUGACCACGCUGCAGCAGUUUGGCAACGACAUAUCGCCUGAGAUUGGGGAGAGGGUGCGCAGCCUUGUGCUGGGGCUGGUGAACUCCACUCUCACCAUCGAAGAGUUUCACUCCAAACUUCAUGAGGCCACCAACUUCCCUCUGAGGCCGUUUGUCAUUCCCUUCCUGAAGGCAAACCUGCCCCUGCUGCAGAGAGAGUUGCUUCACUGUGCCAGGUUGGCCAAGCAGACUCCAGCUCAGUAUCUGGCCCAACACGAGCAGCUUCUCCUGGACGCUAAUGCCAGCUCGCCCCUCGACUCCUCCGAGAUCAUGCUGGAGAUGAAUGAGCACGGCAAAAGAAGGACCCCUGACAGGACCAAAGACAGCUCGGACAGAGAUGGGUUGCACCCAGAGCACCUGGCUAAAAGGCCCUGCACCAUCAGCCCCAGUCAACGCUUCAGCCCCAGCACGGGUCUUCCUGCUCACCCGCCUCCCAAUGGCCUCCCCACACACCCUCCCAACGGCCUACCCCACCCACCAAACCCCCAAGUGGGACCCCAACACUAUCGCUUAGAAGACAUGGCCCUGGCACACCAAUACAGAGACGCUUACAGACAUAAUGAACACCGCGAAGCCCGGGACAGACACCGGCAGACAGCAGUGCACGGUGCCCGCCAAGAGGAGGUGAUCGACCAUCGUCUUACAGAUCGAGAGUGGGCAGAGGAAUGGAAGCACCUAGAUAAUCUCCUGAAUUGCAUCAUGGACAUGGUGGAGAAGACGCGCCGCUCUCUGACGGUGCUGCGCCGCUGCCAGGAGGCCGACCGGGAGGAGAUGAAUCACUGGAUUCGGCGCUACAGCGACGUGGAGGAGAUGAAAAAAGGUGGGAGCAACGGACAGCACUGCCUUCCUCCUCCUCCUCCUCCUCUUCCUCCUCCUACUCCUCACCACAACUCCUCCUCCAACACAGCUAGCAGCAGCGAGUCACUGCCCAUAGGAACUCCCUCGGCUGCUGAAAGGCAGACAGGCAGACAGACAGAGAUCCACCGAGACUUCUUACACAGGCCUCCCUCAGGAUACCUGCCAGAAGAAAUCUGGAGAAAAGCUGGUACUACAAGCAUCCCGCUCUCCCCAGCACUAAAGCACCUCCAAAACAGGCAGGAGGAGGCUGUGAAUGAGGUGAAGCGGCAGGCGAUGUCAGAGCUGCAGAAGGCGGUGUCAGACGCCGAGAGGAAAGCUCACGAGAUGAUUUCAGCCGAACGCUCUAAAAUGGAGAGGGCGCUGGCCGAGGCCAAGAGGCAGGCCUCUGAGGACGCACUAACAGUCAUCAACCAGCAGGAGGACUCCAGUGAAAGCUGCUGGAACUGCGGGAGGAAAGCCAGUGAGACGUGCAGCGGCUGCAACACGGCUCGCUACUGCGGCUCCUUCUGUCAGCACAAAGACUGGGAGAAGCACCACCAUGUCUGUGGUCAAGGCCUGCAGGGGAUGCCAGGGGGCAGCAGCGUCCCUCUCGGCACCCCGUCCUCCUCCUCCACCUCCUCGGCAUCCUCCAGCGCGCCCCCCACCCACUCGGAGAGCACUCCUCCAGGAGCCCUGUCCUUGGCGGGCCAGAGCAGUAUUGCGGGAGGGGCCGGCAGCGGCAGCGGAAGUGUCUCUGCCAGCCCCAAGGAGAGCAGUUCCAGUAGUGCCUCUCGCUCCACGACUCCAGCUACCCCUGCCCUACUGGAUGCCACCUCUCGCUGACGUCUGACCCUUGUCCCUUCCCUGCAUACUGAUGCGACGGUGCCCACACUCCACACAAAACCAAACUGAGGAAUCUUCAUCGCACAUUGCUCCCUUUUCUCCUCCCCUACUUUAGUCCUUAUUUCCCUCUUAUCCUAAGCUCUCCUGAAAAUCCUCUCACUACCUGAUGUUAGACUGCUUUUCUGAACUCGUCACCCUCCCUUCCUUCCCCCCCAAAAAAUACUUUUUCUGUCUUUGUCUCUUUCACAACCACAGCCACAAAUACAAAGAUUCCAGCCUGGGGUUCAGUGUAGUGGAAAGCAUGAAAGUGUCUCCUAUCUCUGUGCUCAGUCACAGAAACAUAUCCGAUGUGUUUGCUGAAAACAUGACUUGAAGAUGUGACUAAGAUGUGCCCUCAGUAAUGGAAGCACGUUAAAUACUGUCCGCCUAAGGACACAAGACAAGGGCUGUGGUAAGGCAACAAUGAUGGGGGGAUGACUAGGCUGAUUAGCACUUGGAUCGGAUUUCCCUUUAAUUUAGCACCAAUGAGAGAACAGUACCCAGCCCUGAGAUGUGCACUACCAGUGCAAACAGUUCACUGAUGUGGCACUUAUUCUACAGUGUCCUACCGGAGACAGGCAAGGACAAAAUACCUUUUUUUCAAAUGGAUGAGGGAAGGGGAAAACCUGUGAUGUGAUAAAUUCCUCAGAAACACAGCUUAGUAUUUAUUAAAUGUUUCUUUCUGGCUUUAAGGGAAAAUAAAGAAAAGUCCAAAUAUUCUAAAUAAAGAAUAGUAGUGCUGAUGAUGAUGAUAAUAAUGAUAUGAAAAUAAAUUAAUUUUAAACUGCUAACUACCUUGCUAGCGAGCCAAGAAAAUCUACACCGGACUCACCUCUCUGAACCAUUGUGAACCCAAAUGAAUUCAAAGAUGAAAAAUAACAUGAUCCAAACCUUUGUAUUACACUGCCAAAGUGAGUAAGUAAGCGAUAAGGAGAAGCACUCAUCUUAUAACCAAACGCAAAGCAACAUCACCUCCUCAGCAGAUAAGCCAGCCCUGGGAGGACCAGGCUGCAGGGACGCUGCAGAACGGGACCCAGAGGUAGUCAGACAUUUAAAAAAAAAAACUGCUUUGAUCUGCAGCUGCCUCCUGCAGUCUGGACAAAAUGACAGCGAUUCCUCAGUGAUGGCCCAGACUAGUGAAUAUGGACGAUGCUGUGAACUUGCCUACAAGAAAGACUUAAUGAAAUGGAUGGAAACCCUGCCACAGUGUGAUUUUUUUGUGAAUGGUAACAGAGAGGGACGGAGAGAAAAAAACAAGAGGAAAGGAAAAUGUACACAGCCUCAAAGGAGAUGAAGAAACAUACAUGGCAAUGGAGCUGCCAAAAACCUCAAAACAAGCUUGAAAACAUUGUCCGAGAAGGCAUUGCAUACUACGGAGACGUAUGAGAAGAAUGUUUGUAAGUUGUUUUUUUUUUUAAAGCUCCACAACGGGGAGAUAUUUCAAGGAAUUGCUGUUACCUUUACAUUCACUCCCUCCUUUUCCAAAGCAUGAUAAACAGAUGAAAGAGCCUAGUAAAGGGCGGUGUAGACUUGGAUCUCCUCUCUCUUUCUACCUCCCCUCACCCCACACCUCCCUUCUGCGCUCUUCCCCGACUACUUGACUCAAGUCUGCCCCUUAACCCCAGCCUGCUUUGGACAGAGCCUCGGAGCAGUCACGUGGGAAGGGUUCGAACCUGCUUGUAGAUAUUGUUCCUCUUUUCAAAUUUCAAUAAUGUCUCUUGUCGCUGAUGUCCACAUGUGCUGCCCUUGUGUAUAUCCAGAAAGACGGACUUUGUUUUUUGGUUUCGUUACCUUUCAUUUUUCCUCCUUUAAGUUUGGGCUGAGCAGUGAAGUCAGAACAAGGAGGAAACUCGCUUAUGAGAGGAAGCCCCACAUUGUACUUAUUGUUUGAUUUGUUGUAUCUAUAUUAAUGAGAUGAAACCCCUCUUGUAGAAUAUUUUGUAUUGCUCGCAUUGUAAGACAGUGAGAGGACGGAGGUGCAAUAUGAAGAGAAUUCAGCUACUGAAUGGAACCUCAGCAACUGCCCAUAGGGUGUCAUAUAAUAUAGAUACAUAUAAAUAUAUUUAAAGUAACAUCAGUAACUUAAUGUGAAUGUACAUAGUAUUUAAAGAGGUCCAAAAAUGUGUUUGCCAAAUAACAGAAACCUUUAAAGUUUAAUGUCCAGAAUAUGAUUUUCUCACAGUACAUUUAUUUCUCAAAUUCAUCAACUCCCUUUAUUAUUUUUUUUCUCUUUCUCUCACUUUCAAUUUUCACUCAAAUCAAAGUGUCAUGUGAUCUUGAGUGGAGGAGACUGUUGGUAACAGAGGUAAAGUGGUUUCAUACAGUACCACAAUGCAUGCAGCAGAAAAUGGAUGAAAACAGAUUAAGGGUGAAUGGACACUACAAGACUUCCUGAACAUUUCUAAAUCAAUUAAUAAGGCCUUAAUCUACAACAUUUCAAAAAUCCACAUUGCACUACGCCAAGAAAACUUGUUCAUGUUUCAUUUCAGUCUUCUUAAUUUGAAUGAGAAGCAGUAAUUGGGAAUAAAUGUCAUUGUCACGUGCUUCAUUCACCCCCUUGGUCAGUUUACAUCCUGCAGGAGGGGACGCAGCAGUGUGUACUGACAAAAACAAAUGCCUAGUCAAUAUUUAAAAAAAGAAGAAGAAGAAAAAAGUGGUGGCUCAGUUUUAAAUUUAGCUCCAUCACACCAAAUUUAGGACUCAUCAAACUUAAUAUGUCAUGUCUAAGGUUUUGUUUCCACCCCUGAAGGGACCCCUCGCUCUCUCUUGGUCCUCAUCAACCUGUGUGUGUGUGUGUGUGUGUGUGUGUGUGUGUGUGUGUUGUUAGGAGUGUCUGUUUCCCCCAAGGUGCAGGACAAGCCAUUACUGUAGGAUUAAGUGAAAUGCCAGUGUUAAGCUACAGUAAACCUCAAAGCUACCAACCUUGUAAGGUUGUUUUUUCCCACUAAUUAUUGUUUAUUUGUAAAGAUGCAAUUUGAACAUAAGCUGAUAAUCUGGGUUAGUUCUUUAUUUCCAGGCCAAGAGAGAAGCAUCACCUCUUUAGGUUUAUUUAAUUGUUUUUUUCCAGCCCUUCCCACAUGCUCCAGUAAACACAUGUAUGUUAAACAGUCUCUAGGCCUUUACUUAAAGAUCCAGUGUGUAGGAUUCAGGGGCAUAUAUUGGCCGAAAUGGAAUAUAACAUGAUAAGCAUGUUUUCUUUAGUGUAUAAUCACCUGAAAAUAAGAAUCAUUUUUGUUUUUGUCACCUUAGAAUGAGUCGUUUAUGGCGAUCGCAAUCUUGCAUUGCCAUGUUUCUACAGUAGCCUGGAAAGGACAAAGAUACACACUGGCUCUAGAUAGGGACAUUUGCCUUUUUGCCUUUUUGCAUCAGCCACUGUAGUUAGCAGCCCCUCUGCAAGAGCCAGACAGCAUCAUAAAAACAUAGAUUUUUAAUGUGAAAAUGCUUCAAAUCAGUGUUUUUACCAGUUUAAACCACCGGGUCCAUUUAUUUCGGAGAGAAAGAGACCUCUGUGGAUAAUUUGGCUUCCCAUAAAAACCUCCUGAAUGUCUAGAUUUAGCUUUAUUUGUGGUUUUUACCAGUUUUAAUCACCCAGUCUGUUAAUUUUGGAGGGGGAAAGACCUUUGCGGAUAAUUCGGCUACUGGUAAAAACCUCUUAAACAAUGAACACUAAAGGAAUCCUAACCAGGAGGUCAUACUUGGCACAUGGGAGAAGUUUCAGCUGGUUGCAAUCUGCAGUCCACACCAUUAGAUGCCACUAAAUCCUACACACUGCUCCUUUAAAGGCCUGUUACCCUGCUCACACUUAUGUAAUAUUGAUCAUUGUAAACCUAACAUAGCUGGCCUCAUACACACUUGGACCAAACUUAGGAAAAAAAAUAGCUAACUUUGUUUUUUGCAGUGAGCGUUGUGGAAAACUUGUCAUCAACAGAUGGAUAACAGAUGAAACCUUUUAUUUAGACUAUCUGAGACACUUAAUUCAAAUGAGCUAAGCUGUAAGGUACUCCUGCAUCUGUGUGUAGCAUCCAUGUAUGUUUGUUAUAAUUACCAUGAUUUUUUUUUGUGUGUGUCAUUUGCUCCUUUCUCCCCCCUCAAUGUCUAAUUCCUCCACUACCACCCCAGACCACGUCUUUACAACCCCCCUUCACACUAGCUACCUCCUGUGACCAUACAGCUAACCACCAGGAGAGGUUGACCUGGACUUUGAAAAGCUGGGCUAAGAGCAGACAUGGAAGCGCACACUCAAAAGCAAUCGUAUGAAUCCGUCUAAAAAAAAUGCUAAAAGCGUUGAAAGGAAUUGCCAUUACUCGUGAUGUGGAAGAAUAUUUACUCCCACCAGACUUCACACGAUUGAUCACAUCCCACCAACCAAACCGAUACUGCUGGAAUUUAGUACACAUAACAGUCAAACCCGCAUAUUACCAAACUGAACACAGAGUCGACCAUGACAUGCCAUCUGUUGUCCGAAACCAAUAAAAGCACAGACCAAAGUACUCUAUUGCCAUAAUAGGCUUUGAUGCAGUGUGUAUUGUCAGACCAGAAAUAAUAAGGUUAGAAGCUCCACUACACCACUUAACCAAAGUGUCUGAAAUACACACAAUUAGAGCACACAAGAGUGAAGAGCACGCUGAGUUUCAAAUGUGUAGAAUUCUUAUUCAAGCAAUCAAAGCGCUUGUUGUCUACAUGUUGAAUAGUGCUUCUGUAAAAAUAAUAGAAGCAUCUCCUUCGGAAAAGCCUACUGAUUGUGUGUUCUUACAGUUACAAAGCCUUGCAGAGAUAAAGUGAAUGCAUGGUUGGUGUGUGUGUGUUUGUGUGUGUGUGUGUUACUGGCGGUGUGCCUGUUUUUGUAGAAAAAAAAAAAAUCUUACCUUUGUCUUCGUGUCUCUGUACAAACUACUUGAAACCUUCAGAGCUUUAAUGAAACAUCCUAGACAGACUAUAGUGGCAGAUAGAUUCACAAUAUGUAGCAACAGCUUUGUGCAGUAAAAUAAACGUACCUGCAUCACGGACAACAUUUUAAUGACAGUUCCAUUCAACUUGUACAAGCUUUAUGUGUGCCUCCGUGUCUGCAGGUAAGCCCUCAGAUAAACUAAACAAAGCCAAACCCAGUAGACCACUUAUAAAUGACCAAAAUACAACCAAAAGCUACAACUUUUCUUUUCACACUUUGGUUGAGGUUUUUGUGUUACGUCCCAGCAUUAGAGAACUUCACUGUGGUUGAUUGUGUGGAGCUGUAGAGGAAUGAGCAAACUGUCCUUCACUGAGAUUCUCCCUCCUGAUUUUAUUGGACAGGACACAAAAGAUCAGAUCAAUGUUCUGUCCAGCCGGGCGCAAGCUUCAUUAAGUCAUGAAACAAAUGAGAUUCAUGCCGAGGUGUCGUACACUUUUCUCUGUGAAGAUAUUAAUAGAUGGCAAACGCAUAAGGGCUCUGCUGUUGUGAAUAUCAUCCAAGGGUCUCCGAACACUUUACAUCAGCCACUUUUCUGUUUGUUUAACUAUGUACAUGAUAACGGGCAAAACGCAUGUUUAGAAAAGGCAAAUAUUAGCAGGUUGGCAUUUGUUUCUCCCUUCCCCCCUGACCAGUAACUCUACCAAUGAAGUUUCAAGGCUCAUCUGAUGUGAUGGUGACACAUCCUUCCUGUGAAACAGGCACUGAUGAAUAGCUACAGUAGAAAGCUAAAGUGGCAAACAGUGGAUACAGCACUUGUUUCCCCCAAAGCCACGGCUCAGGAUGGUCCUGUUUUUACCUUUACAUAAAUUAAAAAAAAAAAAAAAGGUUUAUGUUUUUUUUUAUGUGUAGGGAAGCAUUCUAUACUGUAUUGUGCAAUACAUUAUUACAGAAAAAACAUGUUUCUGUAGGAAAGGUUGGCGCUUUGAAGAUCUUUCUCCUUUUGUUUUAUUUCCCUCUUCAAAAAGGUCCUGUUGCCGUUUUUAGAUGAAGUUAACUGUGCCAGAAGAAUUAAAUUCUGAUUUGUAUUUAUUUCUUGCAUGCUUUCCUCCCUGUUGCUAAUACCGCUCUUUAACUGUUCGCUCUGUUGGAUGUGUGAAGCUGUAAAACAUUCUAAUUCAGGUUAUUGUCUGUGUUGAACAAUGUAACUGUGUAAUUAAAACAUGAAAUGAAGUAUU